CUUUUCUUUCGAUUUCUGAGUCCUUUUUUUUUUUUCUUUCUUUCUUCCUUUCUUUCUUUUAUUCACAACAUGACUAUUGAAACUUUUGAAAUCCCUAGUUUUCAUCCUUCACAACUUGAUGACUUGCAUCGUCGUCUUGAAAAUGUCAUUUAUCCUCAUGAACUGGUUUUGAAGGAUAAUCCUUGGGCCUACGGUACUCCUCGACAAGCACUUGAACCUUUAGUACAAAAAUGGCGAUAUUCUUAUGAUUGGGAAACUGCAAGAACUGAAAUGAAUCAAUGGCAUCAUUACAAGCUGACUGGUGAGAAUGGUUUAAAACUUCAUUUUAUUCAUGAACCAUCCAAAGACCCUAAGGCUAUUCCUAUUGUAUUGGUUCACGGUUGGCCUUCCUCUUUUUAUGAAUUCCACAAGGUCAUCAAUCCUUUACGUGAUGGGAAGGACGGCUCUCAGGCUUACCAUGUCGUAGUGCCAAGUUUACCAGGUUAUGGAUUCUCUGAACCUUCUACCACCCCUGGCUUUGGUAUUCCUCAAAUGGGUGACGCUAUUCAUCACCUGAUGCUCAGUCUUGGUUAUACAAAAUAUGCUUGUCAUGGAACUGAUUGGGGUAUGAUGAUUGUAAGAUAUUUGGCCGCAACACAUGAUAAACAUUGCUUAGCCAUGCAUUCUACCAUGUUUAUGGCUUUGCCACCUUUACCCACUAUUACUAAUCUUUGGAAGCGGCCUAUCAACGUCUUCAAAUUCUUAGCUGGUGCAACCAUUUUAGGAUUUGAUCAAGUAUAUGGACCAGGCAAAUUCAAAUCUGCGGGAAACAAUUUUGCUGAUGUUAUCAAUAAUAAAGAUGCUGGUUAUCGAGCCAUUCAAGGUACAAGACCAUAUUCUUUAUCCUAUGGUUUGACAGAUAGUCCUGUUGGUUUGCUAGGUUGGGUAUUGGAAAAAUAUCAUAAUUGGACAUAUCAUUCAAAUAACAAGGAUGCUUCAGUUUUACCCGACACUAUAUCCCCUGAUGAACUGCUUACCCAAGUAUCUCUUUACUGGCUCACCAAUACCAUUUCAUCUUCCAUGCGUUUGUAUUAUGAAUUCUUCCAACAAACAGAUGAAAUGUUGAAAGUAUUUGAACGUCGUAUCUCUAUCCCUUUUGGUGUUAGUAACUUUGAGAGUGAUAUAACUCGCUCACCCAGAGAAUGGGUAGAAGCAUGUGGAAAUUUACAAUUUUAUUCUGAACAUUCUGUUGGUGGACAUUUCUCAUCAUUAGAAGUACCAGAUUUAAUAGUGGACGAUCUUCGAUCAUUUGGAAAAAAGGUGGCCAAGUCAUUUGAAUAGGCUUCCUAGUUAGUUGAUCCUUUAUUUUACUUUGUUAAAUAAAAAUUUGUUGACAUUUCUACCGA